GCAGAAGCGGCGACCGAGGGAGGCGCUAUCGAUUUUGGCGGACUUUAGUGUGUCGCCUCUCGUCUCGCUUAGUUUUAGUGCGUUUCGUAUGUGGGAACCGAUUUGAAUGGGCUUUCUUUUACCAAAAACAGAACUGUUUCGCAGUGCGUGAUUGCAGGAUUGCAGCAACGCAUUAAAAAAUGACUAAGGAUAGAUUAGCGGCCCUCGUUGCGGCCCAAAGUGACGACGAUGACGUUGGUCCCGAUGAUACUACCAUCAACGUCGAAGGCCGGGAUGGCUUCAUGGAUGCAUUUUUCCAGGAGGUGGAGGAGAUACGCGACAUGAUUGAUAAAAUACAGGCUAAUGUCGAAGAGGUCAAAAAGAAACACAGCGCCAUCCUUUCGGCACCGCAGAGCGAUGAGAAAACGAAGCAAGAAUUGGAAGACCUGAUGGCCGACAUUAAGAAAACUGCCAACAAAGUCCGUGCCAAGUUAAAACUAAUAGAACAAAACAUAGAGCAAGAAGAACAAACUAACAAGUCAUCGGCGGAUCUGAGAAUAAGGAAAACGCAGCACUCGACGUUGUCGAGGAAGUUCGUGGAGGUUAUGAUAGAAUAUAAUCGGACACAAACGGAUUACAGAGAAAGGUGUAAAGGAAGGAUACAGAGACAACUUGAAAUUACUGGAAGACAAACGACGAAUGAGGAGUUGGAGGAGAUGCUGGAGCAGGGAAAUCCGGCUGUCUUCACGCAAGGUAUAAUUAUGGAAACGCAACAAGCCAAGCAGACAUUGGCCGACAUCGAGGCGAGACAUGCGGACAUCAUAAAGUUGGAGACGUCGAUCAGGGAGCUGCACGACAUGUUCAUGGACAUGGCCAUGUUAGUCGAGAAUCAGGGUGAGCUAGUUGAUCGUGUGGAGUACCACGUUGGGCAGACGACGAAUCACGUGCAAAUUGGAAGGGAGGAGCUGAAAGCAGCCGAAAAGUAUCAGACUAAAUCCAGGAAGAAAAAGAUCCUCAUCAUUAUCUGCUUGGCAGUGGCCAUCAUCAUUUUGAUCAUUAUGCUGGCAACACUGUUGCCAUAGGUCUAAACAUACAAUUAUCGUUUUAAUUACUUUUCAAUCAAUCGAUUUUAUUAUGAGUUAAAUUAUUAUUAUACAUACAAUUUUUUUUGUUGUUGUUGGUAGAUAAAAAGAAAAUCCGCCCCUGUAUUAACACGACAUUUGCAUAAAAUAAAUGAAACGCGGUUUUUCUUCCUUGAGGACGAAGGGAAAAAAGAAGAUAAAAAAACGCGUAGCCUCGUUUCAAACAAAAAAAACAUAAUUGAGUAAACUAAGAGCACAGGUUAUUUCCUCUACUAACGAAGAAGAAAAAAAUCCUACGAGUGAAAAAAAUAAAAUAAAUGUGAUCCCUAAAUUCGUUUAGGGAAGUUGUCAGGGACCAUAGAGAUUAUAUUUUUUUUUAAGUU